AUGCCGUCACAAACAAACAGCACCACGGUCAAGCCUGCGGGCACCGUUACGAGCAAGCGGUUUGAGCUUCCAGCCCUGGAGUUCAAGUUCGGCUCGCUGACGGAGGGUACCGACAUCCCCCCGCCCCUGCCAUCGCCGAUAGAAGAGAAGGCCGGGCCGACACCCCCCGACACGCCCACGGCCGGGAAGAAGCAGCAGGAUGAGACCAAAGCAACCAACGGCAAGCCGGCCGCCUUGGCAUCACCCCAAUCUCAGGCGUCGAGCAAUACAUCGGGCGGCGGCACCAAGCGGCCGGCUGAAGACAGCCCAGCCUCCCCGACGCUGUCGGCCCGCCCGGGCAGCAUCCGCCGGCUGUUCAGCCGGGGCCUGCUGAACAGCGCGUAUGCGCACGGGGACGAGCACAACAACACCAGCACCGGUCCGGACGGUCGGCCGUUGAGCCCCGGCAGCAGCAGCGUCGCCGACUCAUCGCGCAGGGCGAAGCGGUCUAGCGGCUGGUUCGGCCGGCUCCGCGGCGAUAACGCGCCCGCCAACAACAAGGCCGCGGCGACCCCGCUCUCGCCUGCGUCUACCACCACAAACGAGAAGAAAGCGACCGGCCCCCCACCGCCCAUGAUCCCCGAGAUUAGCGAACUCAAGUCCAAGUUGGGCGUCCCGGAUGAGAAUGGGCCUCUCCUCCUCUCCGUCCGCCAUCGCCCAACACCAUUAUCAACACCAUCACUAUCCGCUUCAUCAUCAAUACCCCCUCUCACCUCGCCAACGAAACGAGCCCCGCCCCGCCGCUACAAGUCCGGGCCCUACGGAUACACGCAGGCCAAGGCGCUGGUGUUUUCACGGUUCGGGGAGCCCGCCGACGUGCUCUCGCUGCACACGCACUCCAUCUCGCCGACCUUACCCGACGGCGCGGCGCUGCUGCGCGCCCUGGCCGCCCCCGUCAACCCGGCCGACGUGAACACGAUCCAGGGCACCUACGGCGCCAAGCCCGACCUGUCCCCGGAAUCGCCCUCGGCCAAGGCCCUGCAGCUGGAGCUGGGCACGUCCCAGCCCGCGGCCGUGCCGGGGAAUGAGGGCUGUUUUGAGGUUGUUGCUGUGGGCGAGCGGCUCGGCCGGCUGUGGGGGCUGCGCAGCAUCAACGUCAUCCGGGAGCGGGCCACGCCCGAGGAGACGGGGGCGCUCAUGAGGGAGCUGUAUGAGCUGGGCGCCACUGUGGUCAUUACCGAGAAUGAGUUCCUUGAUCGGUCGUUUGGUGCGAGGCUCAACGAGGAGUGGACCCGCGGCGGCAGGGAGCCGCUCAUGCUGGGGCUCAACUGUGUCGGAGGCAAAUCGGCGUCGGCCAUGGUCAAGGCGCUGAGCCCCAAGGGCUGCAUGGUCACGUACGGCGGCAUGUCGAGGCAGAGUUUCCCGUUCCCUACGGGGCCACAGAUCUUUAAACGGCUGCGGUUUGAGGGCUUCUGGCUCAGUGAGUGGGGCAAGGAGCACCCGCUUGAGAAGCGCAGAACUGUGGACGAGAUUCUGCAGCUGAUGAGGGAGGGCAAGUUUAAGGAGGCGCCUUUACAGGAGGUGCGGUGGGAUUGGGACACUGAAGAAAAAGUGCUCAAGGAAGCCGUCCAGGGCACUUUGGAGGGUUUCAGAAGCGGGAAGGGCCUGUUUGUAUUUGGUGAUACAUAG